GUGACGUCAUACCAACUCUCCUAUUCAAGAUGGCGGACGGUCCACUUCGGUGUAAAUAAAGUAUCAGGCUAAACGAUAUCUAAGUUAUAAAGCUGCCGCACGAUUGUGUGACUGUUUUAAGUGGAGAAUCAUCUGAAAACUAACGUUAGUGGUAUUACAAGGGAUGACUGAGAAUGGCAAUAUAGGUAAGGACUGUUUUUUUCCUCACAGCUAAGCUGAGGAAUGGAGAGUGACUGCAGGAUUCCCAUGUCAUGUUUAAGACCCAGAGUUCUGGUCCUGCAUGCACUUUUCUGGGGAUUGGUGUGUCUCAGAGUGUUUGGGUCAGCACUUCUUGGUGAGGUAAAGCCCACAGUAACAAAGGCAGCGACCAUGCCGUGUUGGCAGGUGGAAGAGUUUGUUGUUGCGACAGAAUGCACUUUGUGUAGUGCUUUUCAAACGAAGACGCAACCGGCCUGCAUCCAGACAGGAUAUGUGGAAAGGAUUAACUGUACCAAGUCCAACAAAGAUGAGUAUAAAAGCUGCCGCUCAGCAGUGAUGGAGGAGCAUCUCUUUUGGAAAUUUGAGGGUGCCAUGUUAGGCCUUACUGUUAUCUUUGCACUAGUAGUGAUCGGCAGGCAGAGGUCUUUAGACCGCCAAGCCUCGGAAAAGGUCCGCAGGCAGAUUGAAUCUAUUUAGUCCUCAGAACUGUAUUGAGCAGUAUUGUACAUAUGAUGAGGAGAGCUCCAGAGUUACAGUGAUCAUCAUUAUCCCCGGUGUUCCAGCACUGCUGUAGUAGGCGGUUUCACUGGCCUGGCCUGGGUUCACGGGACACUCGUAGACAAAGCUGGUCAUGUCUUAAUGGAUGGACAUAAUGUUUUUUGUUUGAAAUUUGACAGUAAGAGUGGGUUGCUGCUUCCAUAUUUUCCAUAUUACUUCCAUAUCACACCAUCUUUUCACACACAUUACUCAUUCUACAGUUAACUUUUAACUGUGAAGCUUCCAGGAUUAAUAAGGAAGUCAGCAGCUAAAUCAACAGACUUAAUAAUAGAAAAGAUCAAUUGUUUGUUUCUUGUGAGAUUUUGUACUUGGGAGUUUCUCCUCCCUAAUAGAUAAUGCACAGCCGAUACUACAUGUUCUCAUUAACACUGUACUGACCUAAUGCAGAAGCAGAGUUCCUUUUGACAUUUGUUAUAAAUUAAAUUGUAUUGUGUAUAGAAUCCUGUUAUUAUUUGCCCUGGAACUGUCAUGCUGAGACAUUUUAAUGACAUGAUGAAUCUGAGCUUGUGCUUCUGUGUGUUUUAAUAAGUGUUUGCUAAUCAGAUAACAGGGAAUGUAAACAUGGACACAGGAAUCGGGUCGUUUUCUUUAUUUUCUUGUAAAUGUAAAAAACAAAUGAUCGUUUUCACAUGCUUAUAAAUUGUCCAGUAGGAGCCUGAGAAAUGUUCUAGUUUGCUGACCAUGUUUAAACAUCCAUAUAUUACAUUUACCGCGAAGACUGCGUUUCAAGUUUCAGUUUUUGUGCUUUUGUUUUUAAUUCCAGUCCCGAUGAUUUUUGGUUUUGAAACUCGGAUUCAGUUGAACUACAAGUGUUUGCUCGUCAUGUUGUGCAUGGUUCAGUGUGUCUCAGCACCAGCGUGAGGUUUUAUUUGUGGAAUAUAUUGAUAUGUUAGGCACUGCACAUACUGCUGCUGACCUUUACCCCAUCUAAACUCUGUUAACUCUAUUAUACAGAUUAAUGUGGAAGUGUUAAUUUUUAAAUGAGCUAAUUACUAAUUUUUGGGUAUGUUCAAUAUCCUGGUUUUUGGUUUUGUUUUGUUUUGUUUUUGGCCCAUGCAGAAGUUUAGUUUCAAGUACGCAGCUGAUCUUCUUCUGAUAUGCCGUGUGUGUGUGUGUGUGUGUGUGUGUGUGUGUGUGUGCGUGCGCACGUGCACGCGUGCGUGUGUGCGGCAGUGUAAAGCAAGUUGAGACAGUUUUUUUCAUUUCAUUGAUGCAAUGAAGAAAAGGCUGCAUGCUGUUUUCUCUUUAGCCAGUUUUACUGGUCUACCUGACUGUACAUAAUGUAUUUUUAUGAAAGAUGUGAGACAUUUCCUAUUCUCUGUAUUUAAAAGGGGAACUGUGAAAUAAACGAAAUGGAACAAAUUAUUAUUA